ACAAUCCAACAGAGGGGCUUGCGGCUGAUUAGCUAGUUGAUGGGGGUAACGGCCUCCCAAGGCCACGAUGAGUACGCACACGCACGGGCGCGCCGUGAAGUUCAUGGUUUCGGCUAUCAAACCCCACCCGGCAAGGUUCUCAAAGCUCAAACCAAACCAACACGCUUGCAACACGCUUGAUUUAGCGUAGGUAACCAUGGCGCUACGUGCCAGCAUGACCGCUGUUCCCAAGGGUCCCGUCCCGAGGCUGCUGCCGUCCGCCGCUCGCCUACGCCCACAGCCGCGGCCGCUCAUGACCGCACGAGCGAACAAUGGGCAGCAGCAGGAAGCAAACAUCAAUGCUAGCGCUGGCGCCAGCCCGCCAGAGAAGCAGAAGGCGACACUGGUCGCGCCCGGCAGCAGCCUACUCGUCCUCAGCUUCAAGCAGGGCGUUGGCAGCGGCACGAAGGUGCUGGAGGUGGACCGGGCGCUGCUGUGGCACGCGUCGCCGGUGCUUCGCGGCGCGAUCGAGAGUGCCGCCGGCUCCAACCACAGCAGUGGGGGCGGCGCCGGCGGCAGCAGCACUGCGAGCGUGCUGCCAAUAAAGGCCGCUGCUGCAACCACGGCCACUGCCACUGCCUCACUGGCACUUGACUACGGCAGCCCUGCGGACUGGGAGGCGGUGCUUCAAGUGCUGCAGCUGAAGGCUCCUCCAGUGGAUUGGGCCAACGUGGAGCAGCUGCUGCGGCUGGCCGACAAGUACGACAUGGACGCCGUACGGUCGACCUGCGCCGCCUUCCUGGCGUGUAACAUCUCCCAGAUGGCAUUGUCCCACCCCCUGGACUCGCCGCGUAACCUGCUGCACGCGGCUUCCCUCGCUGAGAGGUAUCUGAAGGACCGCUUCAGUAGCAGCGCCGCCAGCAGCACCACGAGUAUCAGUGUCAGCGCCGCCAGCGCCAGUGCCAGUGCCGGCCCCAGCAGUCUCAGCCCCAGCACGGCGCAGAGCUAUGUGGAGGCCAUCAGCGCUGCACUGGGCAAAGCGCUCGAGCCCGCCCGCUUCAAGGGUACCUACACCCCGAACAGUUACUCAUACAGCGGCCGGCAGCCCGAAGUGGACACCUGGCGUGAGAACGCUCGGCCCGUGGUGGCCAGACUCGCUGCACUGAUGGAGGAGGCUAAGGGCCGCGACAUCCUCACGCCGGACGUACAGGACCAGGUGAUGGAGCUUCUGCUGUCCAGCCUGACACGACUGACCAGUUGAGGGGCGCCCGGAUCGGACAGGAGUGCGGGUUGCUAGCUGUAAUGCAGGGCGGGUCUUAGUGGACACCCAUGAUGCGCUUACCUUCAUGCUUGCGGCCUGAUUAUCAGUUGGUCAGUUGGUCAGCUGCGUCAUAUGUUGCGUCAUAUGUUGGCGUUAUCUGGGCCCAGGGCGGUUUUAGGCCCCUAGUAACCGUAGGAACUGGUUGGCCAGGUGCAGGGCAAGCCUGUGCGUGGGCAGGGUCCUACCAUCCGUCCAGCGCUAGCUCAUGAACUAGUAGUUGGCCAGGCGUAAUUGACCAGCAGGCGGUUGUAUGUCAUACAAUCAGCCGCACCCAUACGGCAAUGCGGCCGGUCCCACGCAAAUGACCGCAAGAUACGCCUUGCCGCUCAUGGCCACCCGCUGAUGUAACAGCGCUGACAU